ACGAAAAAAACUGUCAAAUAAAUGAUGUAACAUUUCCGCCUUAGAAUCACAAUUUUUUUACUGAUCCAAAAACAUAUUAAUCUAUAGUGAUCGAGCCAAAUCAGGUAUAAAAUUUGGUCAACUUUAACUUUCACUUUACCGACAUAUUUUUUUUUUACAGAAAUCAAAACGAUGUCAUUUUGCUAAAAUAAAAAAUAACAAAAUUCACCAUAAUAUUACUGAAUUUACAAAGUUUUGCUAAAAGCUUGAACAAUUCAUUAAUCCAAAAAAAAAUAUAAACGUGCUUUGGUGAAAAAUUAGAUAAAAACCAAGAAUCCAAGAUCCAAACAGAACAAGAAACAAAUCAAUGCCCGAUCAGGGACAGACCCAGGUGAUGAAUAGGUGGGGCAAGUGCCACAUACAAAAAUUUAAAUUUUAUUAAUUUUAUUGAAAAUUUAGGAGAACAUAUAUUUUAAGCUUCACAUUGCCACAUGCACAUUUGGUUGAAAACCAACUAUAGCAACUAAAUUUUGUUAAUUACCUCUUAUAUGAUGUGCCCCGUGUUAUACUAUUUGCUAGGUCUGCACUUGUUCCCGAUCCGGUAUGUAAAAAUAACAUGAAUGAAUCUUGUAGAAUUGUAUAAAACAUAUCUAAAUCUGAACGGGUAACCCAAAAAAGCUUGAAGAUAUUAGAAAUGUUAAUUUCCAUAUUGUUAUACAAGUACUAUAUAGUUGCAACCCUUCCCCAAACAUAGUAAUGUUUUGAAUAUUUAAGUUAGAUAUGACGAUAUCCCCUAUAUAUUAAAAGAAAAACAUUACAACAUUCUAGAUAUGUUGGUCCAAUAAACAUAUAUUAUAUACUUUUUUAUUAAAGUAACCAUAAAAUUAAUUAACAAUCUACAAUUAAUUGUCAUAUACUUUAGUUUCAUUAGACAAUUCCGUAAUUUUAUUUAAGUAAAUAAUAAAGUCCAUUAAUAAUGUAUUUAUGGUCAAUUUAAUAAAAAGCUUAUUAUAUAUUUAGAUGGACUAACCUAUUUCUAUAAGGAUUCUAAGAAUCAUUCAAAUGAUGACAUGUGACUACAAAAAAAUGUUGUAAUGAUUCUCAAAUAAUAUAUAGGGGAUAUAGAAUAGAAACACAAAUGUUGAUGUAAGAUGUCUGCUCUGAAGUAGUCGAUGACGUACUUGCUGAAGUAGAUGUCGUGGUGAGUGGUCAAGACCAUGUGGAGUAAAGAUGCUGAGCUGGAAUCGUGUAGACUUGAAGAGCAAGAGAGUAUCUUGGAGAUAUGGAAAGAGGAAUAAACUUGAGGAGCAAGUUUAUGACUUAACGAAAGAAAAAUAAGUGCAUUACACUUAUUGUUAGGAUCAAAAACGGACACGACGAAGUUAAGGAUGGCAGCGGGUCACGUGGGAGUGCAAUACAUCAUGGUUGGAAACAAUUUUACUUUACGUGCUCGGUCUCUCUAUUUCUUGUGUUUUAAGCUUUGUAGAAGAGUUAAAAAAUAAUUUUUUCCAGAUCUUCUUUCUUUUUUAGUAUUUUCCUCUUCCACUCCCAUUUUCUUAACCUUUUCUUAUUGAAAUAUUCUGGCGCCUAAUAACAUAAAAUGUAUCUUUUACGUAAAUAAUUUGUAGAUGAGGCAGAGUCGGAUCAUGGAGUUACUGGUUUUUGUGUCUGUGUCUGAUUCAAACACGAGUGAAAAGAGAGUGGUUAGUAUAUUUAUUUUAGUAAGUUUAUUUUACAUGUAUGAAAAUUUAAAUUAUAAAUUUCUGAUGAUGCAUGUUGACUGAUAAAGAAAUUGUGCCAAGAUUUCAUGCACAACACCGAUUUGGACGAUGAUCAGCAGAUAGUAGUGAAUCCUUAUAAAAUAGAAAUGUUGGUGGUAAGGGGCAAAUGGAAGUAGGGGGCAAUCAGUAGUGAAUCCUCAUAAUUAUUUGCCUUAAAAACCCUGUCACUAUUACCUUUUUCUAUAUUAUCAAAGUCAAUCAAUAUAAUCUUAACUGCCCGGCAAGUGGUGGGGGCAAAUGGAAGUCGUUUGGUUGGUAGAUUGAAGUUUCUAUCUAUAUGCAUUAUUGUUUAUCAAAUCAUCCCCUCUUAACAUCAUAAAUUUUCAGCUAGAUUCAGAUUCUACAGACAAAAUCUGAGAGUUAUAAGUUUUUGGGGCUUGUGAGAGAAGAAAUGAACGAUGUGGUUAGUUUGGGGGUAGGUUCUGUUGCAGGAGCUGUGGUCUCUGAGCUCCUGAAAGUUGUUAUUGAAGAGGCUAAGAUGGUGUUGACUUUCAAAUCUGUGUAUAUGGAGCUUGCAUCGACGAUGGAGGAUGUGCUUCCGAUAAUCGAAGAGAUCGAGAUGUUGCCAGGUGCUGGAGAACUAAAGAAAUUCAAGGAUAUAAUCGAUGAAGCUCUUGUACUGGUUCGGAAGUGUUCACAAGUCAAGCGGUGGAACCUACCCUCAAAAGCUAAAUAUACAAGAAAAAUAGACGAAAUCAACAAGAAGAUGCUCAAGUACUGUCAGAUUCAACUUCAGCUUAUUAUGCUUCGGAACCAACGGCUGAUGAUGCGUCAACAGGGAUUGUUAGCUUGCCAGAUUGUACCUGACGAGGUGUCUACCCUGCCCCCUGACAUGCUAUCUGACAUGCCGCCCAACGUGCCGUCUGACUGUCUGCCCGUGUAUACGAGGGAAGCCAUUGAGAGUCAUCUCAAAAGCAUCAAAAAGAAGCUCGAUUAUUUUACUGUUUCUCCGCCUGUUUAUGUGGAUCUCUGUUCGGUCCCCAAGCUUGAAAAGGUUCUCGUUGGCUUGGAUUUGCCACUGAUGGAGGUAAAGAAGAAGUUCCUUGGUGAUGAUGAUCUCGUGGUCUCUGCUCCACCCGGGUGUGGGAAAACCACUUUGGUUACUCAGCUUUGUCAUGAUGAUGAGAUCAAAGAAAAAUUCGAGUACAUCUUCUUUUGUGAUGUGUCAAGGGUUCCUACCUUCAGGACCAUCGUACAGACUUUACUCCAGCACAGCGGUUACGAAGCACCAACAUUUGAGAACGAUUUUCAAGCAGUUGGUGGCUUAAGGAAGCUCAUUGAGGAACUUACAGAAGAUGGUCCUAUAUUGUUGGUGUUGGAUGAUGUGUGGCUAGGAGCAGAUUCCUUUCUUCAGAAGUUUCAGAUUAACAUACUGGAUUUCAAGAUUUUGGUGACUUCUCGGUUUGAGUUUCCGAGUUUUGGUCCCAUUUAUCAUUUGAAACCUUUGGGAGAUGAAGAUGCUAAGUCCCUUCUCAUUGAGCGGGCAUCUUCAUGUUUUUUUCGCAGGAUAUCACGUAAGCAUGAAGAUCUUAUACAAAAGACUCUGAAAUGUUGCUAUGGAUUACCACUUUUGAUUGAAGUAAUCGGUGUUCAGCUUGUAAGAAAAUCUAUAGAUGGUUUAGGAGAAGUGAUAAGCCGGUCUGAAGAGGAAACAGUUCUUGAUCUUCAGCUUAUAAGAAAAUUUGUAAAUUGGGCCACAGACAAAGUGAAAAGCUGGUUUGAAGAGAAAACAAUUCUUGAUAAUCCCCAACCUAAUGUGCUCGAAUGGCUGCAGCCUAGCUUGAAUAUCUUGGACCCUCAUCUUAAAGAUUUUUUUUUGGACAUUGGCUCAUUUUUUACACAAGGAAAGAUACGUGUUUCCAGUAUAAUUGACAUAUGGAUGGAAUUAUACGGUAAAAGUAGUAAAAGUAGUGCCGUGUACGUGAAGUACCUCAAUGAACUGGCUUUCCGUAAUCUUCUUGAACUUGAUCCUCCAAGGAUAAGUGAAAACAAAGACGGUUUCUACGAUGGAUUCUUAGAUAGUCAACAUAGUAUUCUGAGGGACUUGGCUAUCUGCCAAAGCAAAUCUGAGGAACACUAUGAAAGAGAAAGGCUCAACCUGGAGAUAAGAGAGGAUACAUUUCCAGAUUGGUGUUUGGAUCUAAUGCAGCCUAUAAGUGCUCGUCUUUUGUCUAUCUCUACAGAUGAUUUGUUCUCAUCGACGUGGGCUGAAAUGGAUUGCCCCAAUGUUGAGGCUUUAGUUCUUAAUCUCUCCUCAUCAAGCUAUGCAUUACCAAACUUCAUUGCAACUAUGAAGAAACUAAAGGUUGUGGCUAUCAUAAAUCACGGUCUUGGUCCUGCAAAACUGACCAACUUGUCGUGUCUCAGCUCAUUACCCAACUUAAAACGGAUCAUAUUUGAAAAUGUUUCAAUCACCAUGCUGGACGUUCUCCUUUCACGACUCGGCAGUCUCGAGAAGCUAUCUUUGUUCAUGUGCAGAGUCGGCCUUGAGGUUUCCUACAACAUAAAAGAGAUAGCUAUCCCUGAAGCUCUACCGAGUUUACAGGAGAUUGACAUAAAUUAUUGCUAUGAUCUUGAUGAGUUACCGGAUUGGGUCUGUGAAGUUGUUUCAUUGAAGAAACUAAGCAUCACAAACUGUGGCAAGUUCUCUGUACUUCCAAAGUCUAUAGGUAACUUGAGUAAUCUUGAAGUGUUGAGGUUGUGUUCUUGUAUUAAUCUCUAUGAGCUGCCGGAAUCAACUGAGAGGCUCAGCAAUUUACGGUUUCUGGAUAUUUCUGAUUGUUUGGCACUGAAGAAGUUGCCUUUAGAGAUUGGGAAGUUGCAGAAGCUGAAAAAAAUCUCGAUGAGGAUGUGUUUGGGAUGCGAAUUACCGGAUUCUGUGAAGAAUUUAAGCAAUUUGAAGGUAGAUUGUGAUGAAGAUACUCGACUGUUGUGGGAAAGGUUGAAGCCAGAAAUGGGAAGUUGGAGAAUCCUGAUGGGAAUGUAGCAGCAUAACCUGAAAUAUAUGCUAGUUUGUCCAAAGGCUAAGGAAAGGAGAAGAAAGAGUGAGAAGUUGAACCAGUGAAUAACUCAACCUGUUGAGUAUCCUAUAUAGUUAAACUAGCGGUUUUCCGGCGCUACGCGCCGGGUUUAUAUAUUUUAUUUUUAAAUAAAUAUAGAAUUUAUUUUCUGGUCUUAAUAAAUAAAAUAUGUUCAAAAAUAUGAAAAUAAAAAUAUGUUAAAAGAGAAUGAUAUUUUUUUAUCCAUCUUAUAGUGGUUAACAAACAUCGUGUAUUACUUUGU